GUGGUGAUACAGUGAAGAUGAGGUACAAACCGGGAUUGAAACAGUCUGAAUCAAGUCAGUUCAAAUUUAGGAAUAUCAGUGUAUAUGCGGAGCCAAAGAAUGAGACUUUGGUAUUUCCUGAUUGCCAUAGAGAUGAAACAGACUUGAUGACACUUAAGUAUAUGGUGUAUAAGGGUUUGUCUAUGGAUGUUAAAGAGAAGUUUAAUUUAUAUUGGUUUAAGGAAGAAUGUCUGCCACUGCCAUUGUUAAACAAUGAUGAUUUUGAUAAUUUUUGGGAGGAUUCUUUUGUAAAUGAGGAUGGAUGUAUAUGUUUGUGGAUGGGGAUGAAAGACACAGUGUUUGGGACUCCAAAGACUACACCAAAGAAGAAGACAGUUAGUAAGGGAACCACCCCUAGAAGAUCCCCAAGGCUAAAUAGUGUGGAUAAAUCAGUUGAAGGUGCAUCAAGAAAGCUGAGUUUCAUGGAUGUGCCCAUGUCCAAACAUUCUCAGGCUAGUAGCAGUGGUUGCAGUCAGUCAAAAGCUACAAAUGAAGUUAAGUUUGUUGAAGAUGUGGACAAUAUUCAGCUGGAAAACACCAAAGAAGAUUACAUUUUGAUUGAAUUAAUGCUGAAUCAAAAGUGGAUGGUUGUUUAUUAG